CUCUCUCAGUCCCUUCCCCUUCCUCUCCAUUUUUCUGCCCCUCCUUCUCUCUCCCUCCCCGUCGGAGCCGGCGUAUCCCCGUCCACCCUCGCCCAUCCUCGACGGUCCGGGAGAUUGGCAGGUGCCCGGCCCAGUGAUGGCGGCCCGACCGGCCGUCGGGAACGCGGAGCCCUAAAGGCUGAGGAAGACGGUGGGCCGCCCCGAGCUGGGGGAGGGAAUGGUGGCGGAAUUGGGGCUUGCCGUCCUUAAGCCGAGCAGCGGGAAGCGGUUUGGCGGCCUUUCUGCAGCCCAGUGGCUGCCGGCAUCACCAUGAGCAACCCAGGCUUUGUCCAUGGAACCGAUACAGCUUUGCCAUCCACGUUCUUUAAUACAACUCUGCCUACCUACGAUUAUGGAUAUGGAACUUGGAACACUGGGACAAACAGAGGUUACGAGAGCUACGGUUAUGGAUAUGGAUACGGUCAGGAUAACACUACCAACUAUGGGUAUGAUUCCUUCUCUACCGAUAACUCCAGGGCCGCACUGAGUAACCGUGAUCUGUACAGAUCCGGCUAUGACUACAGUGAGAUUGAUCCUGGAAUGGAGAUGGCCUACCAAGGCCACUACGCUGCCUAUCGGGAACAGCUCCGACUUCGCAGUGCCUUUAGCCGGAGGGCCCAGGGUUGGGCCAGAGACCACCACCGCGCUAAUCGGCCCGUGGCCACGGACUUUGGGCCUGUGUGGGAUCAACGCUUGGGGGCUCAGGCCCACUGUGUUCCUGCCUCCUCCCGGCCCCCGUCCCUCUUCUCCCAGAAUAUCAUUCCCGAAUAUGGCCUGGUCAGGAGCAUGAGAGCAUCUUAUGGGAAGAUGUGCUUUGGCUUCAACAGUGGCCUGAAGCGGAUGCGGAGGACCUGGAAAACAUGGGGCAGCCCCGACUUCAGACCACAGAAGAAGAAGAAGAAGAAGAGAAAACAGUUUAACAGCCCUGAUGAAACAGACAGCAAAGCAACCAAUGGCUCAGACAACAGUGACUCUGAUAAUGAUGAGGGCAAUGAAGGGGAAGGAACUGAAACCUUGGAAGUCACAGACCUGAUUGAGAAGAGCUCUAAGGCAGAAGGAGAAGAUGAGGAGGAGGAGGGGAAAGAAGAUUGGAAAGCCGAUGCUGAGAGAGGAGUCCUGACAAUCCAGGAGGAGAUCAGUCAAAUAAAGCGCAAGCUGCAGGCCGGCAGAAAGAUCAACGAGAGGCAGAAGAAGCGGCAGCGGGACCGCUUGGUGGAAAGGAUCCAGUUCGUGUGCUCCCUCUGCAAGUAUCGAACCUUCUAUGAAGAUGAGAUGACUAGCCACUGGGACAGCAAGUUCCACAAAGAGCAUUUCAAGUUUGUCGGCGGGAAGCUGCCCAAGCAGACCGCUGACUUCCUGGAGGAGUACGUCAACAACAAAACCAAGAAGACAGAGGAGCGUCGCAGAAGCAUUGAGGACCUCAGUGGCGUAAUCCAGAAGAUCUAUAAAGAUCAAGACCUUACCCAAGAAAUCAGCCCGGAGCACUUUAUGAAGAAGGUGGAAGCGGCGCACUGUGCCGCCUGCGACCUCUUCAUCCCCAUGCAGCAAGGGAUCAUCCAGAAGCACCUCAAGACCACGGAGCACAACCGCAACCGCAGGCUAAUGAUGGACCAGUCAAAGAAGUCGUCACUAGUUGUAGCUCGCAGCAUCCUCAACAACAAACUCAUCGGCAUCAAGUUGGAACGGUAUCUCAAGGGUGAAAAUCCCUUCGCGGACGGUCCAGAUGACGAGAAGGGGCAAGAAGAAGGCGAGAGAGGUGAGAGCCGACUUGGUGGAAACAUGGAGAAAAGAACUGCCGCAGGGGAGGUGAAGAAUAAGAAGAAAGAGGAAAAGUAUAUCAAAGGGCAGGGCAGGGAGCCAGAGGAGGGAGAGGGAGUAGGAGCCAGGGAACUGACAACCGAGACCCAGGCCUUGGCUAAGGGGAGUAGUAGAGAAGAAUCUGCUUUAAACCACCCUUCGGAGGAGGAAUCCUGCAACAACAAAUGCGGAGGAUCCCAGGGCUAGACAGAGAGGUGGAAUGAAGAUGCUGUGACAUUACCUGGAGUGGAGCGGGAGAAAGCGAUCAUCACGUUUUGGACUGGAUAUUAAACUUUUUUUUUUAAGUACUCUCCGACACUUCUGGGCACCUGACUUGGUUUGCCAGUCUCUUCCUUGCGAUGGUUGUGGGAAGGCUUUGCUCUGCAAUUGUUCUGUGAAAUAGUGUUGGUUUUUUGUUUGUUUCGAUGUUUUAUUUUGCACCCCCAAACCUCAUCUUAUUAACUCAGUUUAGUGACCCCGGAGUUCUGAGGCUGCUUUUCCUCCAAGUACUUUCCUUCGGGGAACACGUGCAGAGGCCAGUGAGUGUUCAAUCAAUCAGUGGUGUGCAGAGGAUCUAGGGCAGAUUGAAACUUGGCAAAGACUUCGUUCCGGGAAACUCUUUAUAUAAAAUUUGAGUGGUUGGUUCUGUGUCUGAACUAGGAGUCCUCAUGUUGAAGGGAGAGAACUUUCUGAGGUCUUACUGGGCCUGUAAGAUCCCACUGGUAGCUUUGGAAGACAGUAAUACUGUGUUCCUUUUAACGCAAACGCUGAGGUCCACAUUGCAGUAUGUGUAAGUAUUCUUUUCCUGUAGGUGAAUGUUCUCAGCCAGACUGGAUAAAAGUACUACCUG